GUUUUGAAUGGCUCAAGUGGAAUAGUUGUUAACGGCCCUGCUCGCUCUCCAUGCACGAUGGAAUCCAAGAAAGAAGAAGUGAGGCGGAAGCACAUUCGUCUGCACAUGGAGGGGACGCUCACUGCCCGGGACAAGGUCGGGGUGCAGGAUUUUGUGCUGUUGGACGCAUACACCAGCGAAACUGCUUUUGUGGACAACCUUCGCAAGCGUUUCAGCGAGAAUCUCAUAUACACAUACAUCGGGACCCUCCUUGUGUCGGUGAAUCCAUACCAGGAGCUGGGAAUCUACACCGUGAGCCAGAUGGAACUUUAUCAAGGGGUCAAUUUCUUUGAGCUGCCACCACAUGUCUAUGCCAUAGCUGACAACGCUUACCGAAUGAUGUGCUCUGAACUAAAUAACCACUUUAUCCUCAUUUCUGGAGAGAGUGGGGCAGGGAAAACGGAGGCCUCCAAGAAGAUUCUCCAGUAUUUUGCGAUGAUCUGUCCGAUGACCCAGUCACUACAAAUAGCCCGGGACAGACUGCUGCUCUCCAAUCCAGUGCUGGAGGCUUUUGGAAAUGCCAAAACACUCCGGAAUGACAACUCCAGCAGAUUUGGAAAAUACAUGGACAUACAGUUUGACUUCCAGGGCGUUCCCGUGGGUGGGCACAUCAUCAGUUACUUGAUAGAAAAGUCCCGCGUCGUCUAUCAAAACCAGGGGGAGCGGAAUUUCCACAUCUUCUACCAGCUGCUCGCGGGCGGCGAAGAGGAGCGCCUUGCUUACCUGGGGCUUGAACGGGACCCGCGGCUGUACAGAUACCUCUCGCAGGGUCAUUGUGCCAAAGAGUCGUCCAUUAAUGACAAGAACGACUGGAAAACUGUUUCCAAUGCCUUUGCUGUCAUUGAUUUUACUGAAGGUGACCUUGAGAAUCUCUUUGGAAUCAUCGCCAGUGUCCUCCACCUGGGGAACGUUGGUUUUGAAGAAGACGACCAAGGCUGUGCCACCAUCCCAGACACCCAUGAGAUCAAGUGGAUCGCCAAGCUCCUGGGGGUCCACUCAUCAGUCCUUCUGGAAGCUCUCACCCACAGAAAGAUUGAAGCCAAAACUGAGGAGGUCAUAUGCCCACUGACGCUAGAACUUUCUGUCUACGCAAGAGAUGCAAUGGCAAAGGCUGUAUAUGGACGCACCUUUACUUGGCUGGUCAACAAAAUCAACUCCUCCUUAGUGAACAAGGUUGGUCGACACAUUUUGGAUGACUUGCUCUCACUAACGGGGAAAACCGUGAUUGGAUUGCUGGACAUCUAUGGGUUUGAAGUCUUCGACAAGAAUGGUUUUGAACAGUUCUGUAUAAAUUACUGCAAUGAGAAACUCCAACAGCUGCUAAUAGAGAGAACGCUCAAAGCUGAACAGGCAGAAUAUGAAAUGGAAGGCAUAGAGUGGGAGCCGAUUCAAUAUUUCAACAACAAGAUCAUCUGCGAUUUGGUAGAAGAGAGACACAAAGGAAUCAUAUCCAUUCUGGAUGAAGAAUGCAUUCGUCCUGGUCCUGCUACAGACUUGAGUUUCCUGGAGAAAUUGGAAGAGAAAGUGGGCAAACACGCACACUUCGAAACCCGUAAGCUGGCCGGUCCGAAAGGCCGGAAGAGGAUCGGCUGGAUGGAGUUCCGCCUCCUCCACUACGCGGGCGAGGUCACGUACUGCACCAAGGGAUUCUUGGAAAAAAACAAUGAUCUCCUUUACAGACAUCUGAAAGAAGUGCUGUGCAAAUCCAAGAACAGCAUCCUGAGGGAAUGCUUCCUGGUGGCUGAGCUAGAAAACCGGAGGAGGCCGCCAACAGUGGGGACUCAGUUUAAAAACAGUCUGAGCAGCCUUCUAGAAAUUCUCAUCUCGAAGGAACCCUCGUACAUCCGUUGUAUCAAGCCCAACGACAGAAAAGAACCCAGCAAGUUUGACGACUUCCUCAUAAGGCACCAGAUCAAGUACCUGGGGCUGAUGGAGCACCUGCGGGUGAGGCGGGCUGGCUUUGCGUACCGGCGGAAAUAUGAGCAUUUCUUGCAGAGGUACAAGUCCCUGUGCCCUGACACCUGGCCGCACUGGCGCGGGCCCCCAGCAGAGGGCGUGGAACGGCUCAUCAAAUACAUCGGCUACAGACCCGAGGAAUACAAGUUAGGGAGGACCAAAAUAUUCAUUCGUUUCCCCAGGACUCUGUUUGCGACGGAAGAUGCCUUUGAAUUUAGUAAACAUCAAUUAGUUGCGAGAAUUCAAGCCACCUACAAAGGCUGCCAAGGAAGGAGGGAAUACAUGAGAAAAAAACGAGCAGCCACUGUACUGGAAACCUACUGGCGCGGAGCCCUGGCUCGGAGAGAGGCCGAGAGGAGGAAGUGGGCUGUGCAGAUUAUCAGAAAGUUUAUCAAGGGAUUCAUCAAUCGCAAUAAACCCCUUUGUCCCGACAAUGAGGAGUUUAUAGUGUUUGUGCGGAAGAAUUACAUCUUGAAUCUUCGGUACCAUGUUCCAAAGAACGUCCUGGACAAGAGCUGGCUGAGGCCCCCUGGCAUCUUGGCGAAUGCGUCAGAUCUGCUCAGGAAAAUGUGCACGAGGAACCUGGUGCGGAAGUACUGCCGGGGGAUCUCGGCCGAGCGGAGAGCCAUGAUGGAGCAAAAGGUGGUUACGAGUGAACUCUUCAGGGGAAAGAAGGAAGGCUAUGCGGAAAGUUUGAAGCAACCCUUUGCCGACAGUCGGAUAGAUGUCGGCGACAUUAACCCCAAAGUGCUUCAACUCAUUAGCAAUGAGAAAAUCCAGUACGGUAUGCCGGUGAUCAAAUACGACAGGAAAGGCUUCAAGGCACGGCAGCGGCAACUCAUCCUUACUCAGAAAGCAGCUUACGUGGUGGAACUUGCCAAAAUCAAGCAGAAAAUAGAGUACUCGGCCCUCAAAGGUAUCUCCACCAGCAAUCUGAGCGAUGGAUUCUUAGUCAUUCACGUUUCGCCCGAGGACAACAAGCAAAAGGGGGAUGCCAUUUUACAGUGUGAACACGUCUUUGAAGCAGUCACUAAACUCGUCAUGCUGGCUAAGAAGGAGAACAUUGUGAAUGUUGUUCAAGGAAGUUUACAGUUUUAUAUUAGCCCUGGAAAAGAAGGCACAAUAGCUUUCGACACUGGACCGGAAGAACAAGUCUAUAAAGAUAAAAAUGGACGGUUAACAGUGGUGUCGGUCCGGAGGAAGUCCUGAUAGAGAAUGACGUCUGACCUCUACCGUCAUCGUUUUUGCUCCAACUGAGGAAAGUACCAAGGAAGCAGAAUUUGAUCCAGUUAGC